AAACAGAAAACUGUCAUCCAUUGUCGAGUUUAACGAUCGAGAGGCAUUACAUGUCAGCUGGUGUAAGGAGGAUUGAUGUCCAUGAAGGAAGGAUAAGGGGGACACUGUUCCUACCCCCUGGUGAGGGUCGCUUUCAAGGUGUCAUUGACUUGAUUGGUUCUCACGGUGGACUUGUGGAAUUCAAAGCUGCUCAACUGGCUUCAAAUGGCUUUGCAGCCCUUGCAUUGGCAUACAUUUUGCAUAGUGACCUCCCUAAUCAAUUAGAAGAUGUCGAGCUUGAAUACUUUAUAGAAGCUGUUGAUUGGUUGAAAAAUCACCCGUCAAUCAUCCCAGGAGGGGUGGGGGUAAUGGGGAUAUCUAAGGGAGCUGAAUGCUCCUUACUUCUUGCGUCACACUGUCAAGAUGUAAAGGCAGUAGUCUCCAUUAAUGGGUUUUAUGCGCUGUCAAUACGGCCCAUGAACUACAAAAAGAAACCAAUACCAUUCUUCCCAGCUGAUGAAUCAAGCUUCGGAAGAUUGGACAAAGGUGCUCAGACAUGGAGACACAAAUGGGUUGAUGACUGGACUGGAAGUGUUGAAGGAAACCCGAAAGCCAUUCCUGUGGAGAAAGCCAGUGCAUCAUUUCUCAUUAUUUAUGGCACAGAUGACCAUGCGUACAACACUGAAUUAUCUGCAGCUUAUAUGUACAACAGAUUAAAGGCAUUUGGUAAGGAGGCACAGUGUUCUAUUCUUGGUUACCAUGGUGCUGGUCACAUAAUUGAACCUCCGUAUAGUCCACAUUCCAGUAUGAGUUAUCAAAAGGCCGGCAAUCUUUACUUUUCUUGGGGUGGAGAAGCCAAACCACACGCUUGUGCUCAAGAGGAUGAAGGAUGAAGAAGGGGGUGUCUACAGCUCUUCCGGACCUUUAGGACAAAUAAUCGACGGGGUAACUGAUAGAUCAGUUAUCCCUUAGUCAGAAAUAUUAGAAUGGAAAUUUACAGGUUGUAUCGGUUGUAUAAUUUUCACGCCAGGUUCACGCGUCUACACGGGUAGUCCAACAACAUAAAAACUGUGAUGUAGAUAAAUCGAUUUACAUGUAAAUAUGAUUAUUGAUUGUUUGCUUAWUUAGGUUGAGAUUAAAAGUUUCCUUGCU